AUGGCUUCCUCCGCAUUGUCCGAUGAAGAUGUUUCGACGUUUAUACCGAUUAUCGAUGCUAUUCUUUUUGAGUCUGACCUGACAACUGUCUCCGUCAAAAAAGUCCGCAAUGGCCUACAAACUAAAGUUGGCUACGAUAAGCAAAUUGACAUUUUAAUCGCUGAUCGCUUCGAAAACGUUCUCGCUCAGCGGGAGUUUGACAACGGGGUUAAGCAGGAGGAGGAUGCCGAAGGGGAAGAUGAAGACAAGUACGAACCGGAAGUCAAGGGAGAGGUCUUCGAGGAUGGUUUCUCUACUGCGGUAGACUUUGAGAAUGCUGUUAAACAUGAACUAGCUGCUGAGCUCCACGCUCAAUGGAAUAGCGGUCGCCCUUCUAGAUCCACCAAGAAGAAGUCAGUAAAACCCGCUCCAAAGGUCCGCAAAUCCAAGAUGAGCGACGUAAAAGUCAAAUCUGAUCGCUCCGGCGGUGAGAGGCCAGCAAAAAAGAAGAGAAAGGCUAACCCCAAUAGUCCUUUCAUGGCUCCAUUGAUCCUCUCGGAACCUCUGUCGGGCCUCUUGGGCGAAACCAUGCUCUCACGUCCGGAAACAGUAAAACGUAUUUGGGCGUACGUCAAGGAGCGCAAUCUCCAGGACCCUGAAGAUAAGCGUUACAUUCUUUGCGAUGAUUCCAUGAAGCCAAUCUUUGGUAACAAAAUACACAUGUUGUAA